CAUCGAAGAUGGCGGCUGUAGUUGGUUCCCUCGUUGCGUAUGGCAGUGAUUCCGACUCAGAAAAUGAAGCUGAGUCUAACACGAGUCCGGGAAAAGUGGACCCCGACGCAGUCGCACACCUUCAGCCUUUAAAAUCUGGACGAACGACGUCUUUGGCUGUUCUUGAUUCAGCGCCGGAGGUCGCAGUAAAGGAAGAUGUUGAGACAGGCACACAUCUGGAUCCCUCACUCAAAGAGGUCAACUACAACCCUACCUAUGAAACCAUGUUUGCACCUGAGUUUGGACCAGUUAAUCCAUUCAAAUCUCAACAAAUGGCUGCUCCGAGGAACAUGCUGUCUGGAUAUGCUGAGCCUGCCCAUGUUAAUGACUUCAUGUUUGAACAGCAAAGAAGGACGUUUUCUACUUUUGGCUACGCAUUGGACCCAUCUGUGGACACCACUCAAGUCUCAUCAAGUAGCUAUAUUGGAGCAGUGGAGGAGGCAGAGAAAAACAAAGGACUGACUGUGUUCGAGGCCGGCCCAAAAAAGGCAGAGAAGAGGAAGAAGGUGAAAGGUGGAGAUGCAUCUGAGAUUGACAGCUUCCUGGGACCCUGGGCCAAAUAUCAGGAUGAAAAGGGUGUUGCCAAACCCUCAGAGGAUGAGCAGAAAGAGCUGGAUGAUAUUAUUGCAAAGAGACAGAAGAAAGGAAGGAAUGAGGACGAGUCUCCUGCGGAGGAGAAGACCAUACUACACGUUAAAGACGCAUACGACUACCAGGGCCGUUCUUACCUGCACAUUCCCCAGGAUGUCGGUAUUAACCUGCGCUCAGCAGACAUACCAGAGAAGUGCUACCUGCCCAAAAAGCAGCUUCAUGUCUGGACGGGGCACACAAAGGGUGUCAGUGCUAUUCGGUUGUUUCCUGCGUCUGGUCAUCUGCUGCUCUCCUGUUCUAUGGACUGUAAGAUUAAGCUGUGGGAGGUCUACAAUGACAGGAGGUGCUUACGGACGUUUAUUGGUCACAGUAAGGCGGUGCGUGAUAUCUGUUUCAAUAAUUCUGGUACCCAGUUUCUCAGUGCUGCUUAUGAUCGCUAUCUCAAACUGUGGGACUCAGAGACAGGUCAGUGCAUCUCCCGGUUCACCAACAGAAAAGUUCCCUACUGUGUAAAGUUCAACCCAGAUGAAGACAAACAAAACCUAUUUGUUGCUGGAAUGUCAGACAAGAAGAUUGUGCAGUGGGACAUCCGUUCAGGGGAGGUGGUUCAGGAAUAUGACCGUCACUUGGGAGCUGUCAACACAAUCACGUUUGUAGAUGAGAACCGGCGCUUUGUUAGCACCUCCGACGAUAAGAGUCUGCGUGUAUGGGAAUGGGACAUACCAGUGGACUUCAAAUAUAUUGCAGAGCCCAGUAUGCACUCAAUGCCUGCAGUGACACUUUCUCCCAAUGGUAAGUGGCUAGCCUGUCAGUCCAUGGAUAAUCAGAUUCUGAUAUUUGGGGCUCAAAACCGGUUCAGACUGAACAAGAAGAAGAUCUUUAAAGGUCAUAUGGUAGCUGGAUACGCCUGUCAGGUGGACUUCUCUCCAGAUAUGAGUUAUGUGGUGUCUGGUGAUGCUGAUGGGAAGCUGAAUAUCUGGGACUGGAAGACCACUAAGUUGUACCACCGAAUUAAAGCACAUGACAAAGUGUGCAUCAGCGCUCUCUGGCACCCUCAUGAAACCUCCAAAGUCAUUACUUGUGGCUGGGAUGGACAGAUCAAACUCUGGGACUAAAAGGAUAUGGGGAAGGGAGUGGAAAAAGAUGUCUGAACAGAAGAGGGAGGAUGUUUUUUUUGCAUUGUCAUCAUGCUUUUGUUUGGCAUAUGUGUGCCCUUCAUUGUAUUCUGCUCCUCACAGGGUUCCUUUCUUCUCCCUUCGCAUGCCCUCUCGGGACCUUUGAUGUUGUGUUUUGUUCAGCUUUUUCGUACAAAGACUAAAGUUUUAAAGUUUAUGGACUGGCAUCCAGUCCCGAUUUGUAGUUUAAUUUUUACCCUCCAUCCAGAGACAUUUUGUGCUGUAUUGGACACUAGCAAUGGAGAAGGAAAUGUGUGAUUUUUGUUCCAUUAUUAGUCAUCCUGUGCUAAAGCCGUGCUUACCUUUUUAAUCUUCAGUUUAUCAUCAAACGUCUUUUUCUGAAGAUAAUAAAACCUUUUGUAAAUUUUC